CGAAUAUGGAGAAUUAUAAACUCGAAUAAAUUGAGGAUUAUAUGUAUUUAAUUCUCAUAUACCAGAUCUGUAUUAGAGAUAAAGAGAGAGGAUUCUAAAAAAAAGGGUCAUUUAAAAUAAACUUAAUAAGUCAUAGAAAAAAUUGAAGAUUUAUCAUCAAUUUCUACAAUUUACAAGUCAAUAAAAUAAGCUGAAGAAUAUGAUGCAGAAGUAUUUUACUAAAAUAUUAUAGUUAUAAAUGAUAGAAUUUUAACAUAAAUUAUAACUUGAAGAAUUUGAUGAGGCUUGGGAAGAUCUGUACAAAAUUGAAUAAGAUAGAAUUAAAGAAGCUGAAAAUACCAUCUAUUAACUUCAUUUGUAUAUUUAAUAUUUUAAUUCUAGUGAGGAAAUGGAAUAAUUAUAAAAAUAAUUACAGGAGUAAUCCAUACCAAAAAUUAAGUUUUCUUCAGAUAUUAUUUAAAAAUAAGCUUUAUAUAAUUAAUUAUUCAGAGCUGGACAGUAUAAUUUUUAAUUAUAUAAAGUUAUGCCGAUGCAGAUCUUGUUUAAAAAAAAUUGCAAGAACAGAUGGAUGUUGAAAAUUAAAAAUGGGAAAAAUAACAUGUUGAGAAAAUUGAAAAUAAGUUGAAUUAACUAACAAAAAAAUAAAUUAAUGAAUUACAAGUCCUUAAAUAAAAACUUAAUAGUUAGAUCUAAUAAUUUAUUAUAAAUAGAGAUAAUUAAAAGUAAUUACUAAUAAAUAAAUUAUAAAUUAUUAAAGUUGAAAAAGAACAAAAGAUAAAUUAAGAUAUAAGUAAAAUGAAUCAAUAAGUGAACAAGUUACUAUAAAAAAUGCAGUUACAACAAUGA